AUGACUGUAAUAAGUAAUGAAGAAUCACAUAAAAUUCAUUCAAUAUGUGGUAAAGCUGAAAAAAAUGAAAGAAAAUAUCCUUGGGCAGUUUCUAUUUUACAUAAAGGAAAAAAUAAAAUAGGUGGCACAAUAAUUUCACCUUAUCAUAUUUUAACAGUUGCACAUGGCUUUUUAUCAUUAAAAUCUUUUGGACAAGCACCAUGCACCAUUGAAGAAAUUAGAAGUAUAGAACAAAUUCGUGAAAGAGUAAUAUCAAUUGGUGAUGAUUGUAAUCGUGGAUUUUUACCAAAUAAAACAAAUUCUUAUGAAUGUUAUGAGAGUUGUCGUGGUGGUCAUGAUUGGGCUAUAGUUGAGGUUGACUCUUCAAUAGAAUUCAAUGAAAGAGUCAAACCAAUUUGUUUACCAUAUCCACAAACUUAUAUAAAUGAUAUAUUAACAAUAGUAUCAUGGGGUAAACAGGAAUAUUUUAAAAAAAGUACCCCAUUAAUGAGAGUUUUUGAAAUGAGACAUGAUAAAAAUUGUCAAAAACCAUUAUCAGAUACAAUGCCAACAAAUAUACCUGAUUAUAUAUGUGUUAAAGCAUUAAAUACAAAAGAUUUAAAUUCUCCUCGUGUUUGUUUAGGGGAUUCAGGAUCAGGUGUUCAACAGAUUGGUUUAGAUGGAAAAGUUGUAUUGAUAGGUAUAACAUCAUAUGGUUCUUCAGGAUGCCCAGCAAAUGAAUUAGCAAGGCUUACCAGAGUUGACUUAUACUUACAAGAUAUUUGUUAUCUUACAGAUAUCAUGUUCAUUCUAGAUAUUUCAGAAGAUGCAGCUAUUUAUGAUAUUCAACGCCAAACAGGUAUCUCACUUCAAUUUAUUUUAACAAGUAAUUUGUCUAUGGAUAAUCAAAAAUUACAAUCAUCAAGAGUAGCUUUAAUUACAGCGUCUGAUGAGAUAAAUGUUAUUGGAAAUUUUAGUACUUUCAGUUCAAGUAAUGAUUUAAUAGGUGCUUUAGAAAAUGUCAGUUCAACUACAAUUACUGGUAAGAAAUUGGAUAUUAUAAAAGCUUUAAAUACAGCUGAAAGUAUUAUUAAGGAAACUGGUAGAAAUAGUAGUUAUAAAAAAUUAGUUAUCCUAUUUUCAUCACAUGAAGAUAUCCGUUGUGAUGAGAGUGAUCAAUUUGAAAAUCAUAAUAUUGAUGGUGAUAUUUGUAGGAGGGCUGCAGACUUCAAAAAUGAAGAUUAUUUCUUGAUGACAGUAAGACUUGAUUAUGAAGGCAAAAAUUCUUUAAAUAAAAAUAGUAUAGCAUCACCCUGUUAUUCAUUAGAUUUUGAUAAUAAUAUUACUAAAAAUAUGUUACAUUUAGCAUCAAGAAGUAAUUGUUUUUGUGAGAGACAAUUUCAUCAAUUUGAAGAUAUUGAUAGUUGUAUAAAAACAUCAGAAUGCCUUUAUUUAGAAGAUACACCAUCUUCUUAUGUAGUUGCUGAGAAUAUAGCUAAAUUAUAUAAUGCAACUUUAGUAGAUAUUAGAUCUGAUUCAAAACAAAAAUUUUUAUUAAAAUUAACAAAUCAAUCAUUACCAAUAUUUAUUGGUCUUAAUCAAUUGACAACUAGCAAUAUAUGGCAAUGGGAUACAGGAUAUAAUUUUAAUCCAAAUAAUGAUUAUAAUCAAUUUGCACCUGGAGAAAUAGAUAAAAUUGGAAUAUUGAACGUAAUUUUUCAAUUCAUUAUUAUUACUAUAUCUUCUAUAACUGAUAAUAUUAUUAAAAAUCCUAAAAAAGAUAAUGGUGUACAGAUAAGAGCUAAAAGACAAGGUUGUGGAAUGUUAGGAGGAUGUUGGGGUGCUGCAUAUACUGGAGGAUGUUCUGGAAAUUCAUGUGGAUAUCAAAUGAAUUCUUCACCAUGUCAAUCAAGACAAUGUCAAGCAUUUUUUUCAUCACCUGCAUACCAAUGUAGACCAGGAUGUACAACUCCAGCCUGUUGUAGAAGUGUGGUACCUAAUCCUUGUGCUAAUUGUGGUCAACCACAAUCAACAAUGACACAAAUGAUUCAGAUGCCACAAAUGAAUAUUCAAAUAAAACAACCACCAAGAUGUUGUCCAUGUUGUAUGCCAGUAUGUUCUAAGAUGUGUGUUAUGAGUGGAGGAUGUAAUGCUUGUUAUGAUUAUUAUUCUGAUUUAGGAUUUGGAAAAAAAUAA